UUUUCCAUGGAAACCAUUCAAAACCAGAGUUCUGUAACUGAAUUUGUCUUUUUGGGACUUUCACAGAAUCCAAAUAUUCAAAAACUGAUAUUUAUCAUAAGUUUAUGUGUUUACAUUGCCACUAUCGGGAGCAACAUGAUGAUUGUGGUGACCAUUAUCUGCAGCCCUACACUGCUGGGAUCUCCCAUGUAUUUCUUCCUGGCCUUCCUGUCUUUACUGGAUGCAAGCUUCUCCUCUGCCAUGACACCCAAAAUGAUUGUGGAUUCUUUAUAUGAGAGAAAAACCAUCUCCUUUGAAGGAUGCAUGAUGCAACUUUUUGCUGAACACUUCUUUGGUGGGUCUGAGAUGAUGGUUCUGACAGCCAUGGCCUAUGACCGCUAUGUGGCCAUUUGUAAGCCCUUACACUACUCUUCUAUUAUGACCAGGAGGGUCUGUGGCAUUCUGGUGGGGGUGGCCUGGGCAGGGGGAUUCUUACAUUCUACUGUACAAAUUAUCUUCACCCUGCAGCUUCCCUUCUGUGGACCCAAUGUCAUUGAUCACUUCAUGUGUGACUUGUUCCCAUUACUGGAGCUCGCCUGCACUGACACUCACAUCUUUGGCCUAUUGGUGGUUGCCAACAGUGGGUUUAUCUGCAUCCUUGUCUUUUUCUUGUUGCUUGUCUCUUAUGUUUUUAUUUUGCUCUCUCUGAGAUUCCACAGUCCUGAAGGGCGAUGGAAAGCUCUGUCUACUUGUGGGUCCCAUAUUGCUGUGGUGGUUUUAUUCUUUGUCCCGUGUAUAUUUAUAUAUGCAAGGCCUCACACUGCCUCCUCCUUUGACAAAAUGGUGGCAUUAUUUUACACUAUGCUAUCCCCCUUGCUCAAUCCUAUGAUUUAUACAUUUAGGAAUAAGGACAUGAAGAAUGCCAUGUGGAAAAUGUGGAAGAGAUUGAUAACGAAUUCAGAUGGAAAGUAA